ACAAUGGGUACGAUCCUCACGACCCUUUUCAACGCGUUACGUGCGAUACGAGCAGCACUUCACUUACUCUCCGCCCUCUCAGCCUCUUUCAACGAGGCCUUGAAACGGUCCGCCAAUUCACCAGGUCUCCCCGUAAAAGCUCCAACGAAAGCAUAUUGGCAGAACAAUCCUCCUUUCCCAGAUCUGGUUAAUGUGAGCUCGCAUGAACUACCCAAGACCACAGACGUCGCCAUCAUCGGCUCAGGUAUCGCAGGCGCAUCUAUCGCAUGGUCGUGGCUCCACGAGAAACGCCGCCUUUGCAAUAACGGCGCAGAAGAAAAAGUCGUCGUCCUAGAAGCACGGGAGUUAUGCAGCGGGGCCACAGCGCGGAAUGGUGGACAUAUCAAGGUCGCAGCCUAUGAAGUGUUUUCGCGCCUCUGCAAGGCGGGAAUGGCAAAGGAGCGUGCGGCGGCGCUGGUGCGGUUCCAGCUGCGCCAUGUAAAGUCGUUGAUAGAGCUUUGUCAGACCGAGGGGAUCGAUGCUGCGGAGGCGCGCGAAGUGGAGACUGUCGAUGUGUUUGCCGAUGAAGAGGCUUUUCGCGAGGCCAAGAGGGGUGUUCAGGAUAUGAAAGAGUGGUUGGGCGAAGUGGAGGUCAAUGUUUGGGAGAAAGAUAGGGCGCGAGAGAUAUUCGGUGUAAACGAGAGCAUCGCGGGCGCAUUGUCAUACCAAGCAGGCGCUAUAUGGGCAUACCGAUUCACUACGUCCAUUUGGAAGAACCUGCUUGAACAAUUUCCCAACACCCUCUCAAUCGAAACCAACACACCUGUACUAUCAAUAGCCGUCUCCCCAGCAGGAGACGACAGACCAAAAGGCUUCCCAUACGCUCUCCAAACACCCCGAGGAACUAUUUACGCUAAACAUGUCGUACAUGCAACAAACGCCUUUGCAAGCCAUCUCGUGCCAGGUUUGCGCAGCAAAAUUGUAGGCGCGCGGGCACACAUGUCCGCUCAAAGUGCAGGUCAUGAAUUCACCCGGUGCUCUACCAAGGGAAUGCGCUCGUGGGGUGUCAUCUAUGGCGACGGAUUUGACUACGUUACCCAGCGCCCGGCCCAGCAAGGUGAUCUAAUGGUCGGUGGGGGUUUCAGACGAUCGUUGAACCAGGGUGUCGAUCAGGUCGGCGUAUACGAUGAUAGCGCUGCACUCGAUGCUCUGACCAUGUCCCACAUCGCAGGUGUUCUCCCUGCAAUCUUCUCCCCCAACUGGGGUGCCGGGAUCGCUCUCAAACAGGCCUGGUCUGGGAUCAUAGGCCUGACGGGCGAUUUCCUGCCCUUCGUUGGUCCGUUGGAUUCAACGUGGACGGGUCGAGUUGUUCGUCAUGAGAGAGCGGAUGCAAAGUCGAGCGUGAGAAGUACCGCUGAUAGCCGCCGAAGUGGAGAAUGGAUUGCAGCCGGGUGGGCCGGGGAAGGUAUGGUGUGGGCGUGGCUAUGUGGAGUCGGUCUUGGAAUCAUGAUUGCCGGUAGCGAAGAAGAUGACUCUAGGGAAGAUGUGCCAGGGCUUCCAGGCGGCAGAAUCGACGAGUGGCUCCCGCAAGAAGUUUUGAUCUCGAAGAGAAGAGUGCAAACGGCAGACGUGUCCAAUCUGGCCAGCUAG